AUGUUGUCUCUCUUAAAGGGGCUGUUCAGGGCCAGAACCUCUGUUUACAAGUUGCCGCUGUGCGGGAAUGGCCGGGAGAAGCCGCGCUUCCCGCGGCCAGGCCGAGCUCCCGCCCUUCCCGGCCUCUUUGGGCCCAGUCCCCUGGGAACUACAACUCCCGGCGUGCUCUUAGCCGGGCGCCGCCCGCUCGCGGCUGCGCACGCGCUGUCGCCCCGCGCGAGGAGCCCGGUGGGCCGGCCCCGUCGGUCUCGCGCCGCGGCCGUUGCGGGGCCGCCCCGGUCCGAUUUUGACAUGAUCAAACGUUUGGUGGAAGAUGUGCAAGCCAGGUUGCGUUCUGGAGUCACUGUCAACUCGCUCGGACACUGUGUUGAGGAGCUUGUCCUCAAUAGCAUCGAUGCCAAAGCAACAUGUGUAGCUGUCAGGGUGGAUUUGGAAGCUUUUAAGAUCCAGGUGGUGGACAAUGGCUCUGGGAUGGGGAAGGAGGACCUAAAGGCUGUUGGAAAGCGCUACUUCACCAGCAAGUGCAGCUCAGUGAGAGACUUGGAGAACCUGACUUUCUAUGGCUUCAGAGGAGAGGCUUUGGCAAGUAUAGCCAACAUGGCCAGUACCAAGCGGUGGAACUACAGUGACUGUGUGCAAUCUGUUCCAUCAGUUACCAGUGAGGAGAAAGUGUAUGGAUCCUGUGCUGGAAAUGGAGAGAGUGAGACAGAAGAUGCUGAAGGGGAGUCUCUCCAGUCAUUGCUUUUGGAAUGGGAUAAUCCUGUUUUUGUUCCCUGCCCAGAGAUUGCAGUUGAUGUGACCAGUGGUCAGGCUGACAGUCUGGCUGUGAAAAUUCACAAUAUCUUGUAUCCUUAUCGUUUCACCAAAGACAUGGUCCAUUCAAUGCAGGUUCUUCAGCAAGUGGACAAUAAAUUUAUCGCUUGUUUAAUUAACACUAGGAAUGGAAUGGAAAAAAAGGCAGAUGGAAACCUCUUGAUUUUGGUGGACCAACAUGCAGCUCAUGAACGGAUCCGCUUGGAGCAGCUGAUUGCAGAUUCCUAUGAGAAGGAAGCUGCAGCAUGUGGCAAGAAGAAAAUACUGUCAUCCUCCAUCUCUCCCCCUUUGGAGAUUGAAAUUACUGCAGAGCAAAGAAGAUUUCUACGAUGCUGCUACAAAAAUUUGGAGGACUUGGGUCUUGAAUUAUCAUUUCCUGAGACAAACAACUCCUUGAUUCUUGUGAGGAAGGUGCCAAUGUGUUUUAUAGAAAGAGAAGCCAACGAAUUACGACGGAAAAGACAACCUAUCACUAAAAGUAUUGUGGAGGAGCUUAUUCAAGAACAAGUUGAGCUAUUGCAGACCACAAGAGGAGGAGCACGAGGGACACUGCCUCUGACGUUUCUGAAGGUGUUAGCUUCCCAGGCCUGUCAUGGAGCUAUUAAGUUUAAUGAGCAUUUAACUUUGGAGGAGAGCUGCAGGCUUAUUGAAGCUUUGUCAUCUUGCAAGCUACCCUUCCAGUGUGCUCAUGGAAGACCUUCAAUGCUGCCUCUUGCAGACAUAGACCAUCUACAGCAGGAAAAACAGCCUAAACCAAAUUUGACUAGACUGAGGAAGAUGGCACGAGCAUGGCAGCUAUUUGGAAAAAAAAAACAAACCUAUUUUAAAAAAAGUUAAAGCUGUAAACUGCAGCUGCUAGAAGCAUUGGUAUGAUCCAUGAUCCUGUUGUUAGACUACAGUACCCUGUGUGGAGCCAAGUUCUGAGGCAGCACAGUCACCAAAGCUCUCCUCCUACUACUGACCAAAGAAGCAGAGACCAGCUAGGAGAACAUGGCAGGGGGAGCCCACCCUUGGAGCCUGGAGAAGCAUCUUCAGCAUUAAGGAAUAGCACUGUAAGUCUAGGCCCUAUGUCAGUGCUGGACUGUUGGGUGCAAGGAGUUGCAGCCACUUGCAGUUACUAAAGCAAAGCACUUCUUUUCUGCAAGGACAGCAUAGUUCUGCAUAAUACAGAGGGGAAUUUUAAUUAGUGUAUUUUAGAGUACUUUGAAAAGUGGAAGGUAUUUCUUAAUAAAGUUCACACUAAACUCACUCCUUGGGCUCAUGGCAGUGGUUGGAAUGAGGAUUGACCAGCUUCAUAAUAUAUAGUAUAUAACUUUCUCCA